AUGAAAAUUUCACGAAAUUUAUCCCGAUUAACUUCAUAUAAAGAUUCUUUUUCAUGUCGUUUUAAAAAUGCUGUUAUAACUACUUUUAAUAGUCAACGAAAUUAUACAAGUCUUGAAAAUAAUGUAACAGCUUCUUCAGAUAUUCCGAAAAAGAAUGUCUCAAAUGAGGAAGUUAGAUUCACAACCGAUACAUAUUCAUAUUUAAAAAGAAAUCCGAAUUUUAAGAAACUUUCUCAAGAUGAUAUUUCGUUUUUUCAAUCAAUUCUACCAUCAAAUGGUUUAAUAAUCGAAAAUGAUAAUAAUUACGAUGAUCUAACGUCUUAUAACAUCGAUUGGUUGAGAAUACACAGGGGUAAAUCAAAAUUAGUUGCAAAGCCUAAAACUACUGAACAAGUUUCCAAUAUAGUUAAAUACUGUAAUGAGAAAAAAUUGGCGAUUGUGCCCCAGGGUGGAAAUACUGGUCUAGUUGGUGGUGGUACACCAAUAUUUGAUGAAAUUAUCAUUAGCACCAAGAAUUUAAAUCAAAUAAGAGAAUUUGAUCCUAUAGCUGGUUGUAUUCUUGAAAUUCUUGACAACUAUCUUGCAGAAAGAGGACAUUCGAUGCCCUUGGACAUAGGUUCCAAGGGGAGCUGUCAUAUUGGUGGUAACGUUGCUACUAAUGCUGGUGGGGUUAGAUACUUGAGAUAUGGUUCUCUACACGGCUCCAUAUUGGGAUUAGAAGUGGUACUUCCUGACGGGACUAUAUUAGAUAAUCUCUCAACUCUCCGUAAAGACAAUACCGGGUAUGACAUUAAGCAGCUCUUUAUUGGUUCAGAAGGCACGUUAGGAAUAAUUACUGGUGUUUCAAUUUUGGCACCAACACGUCACAAGGCAGUUAAUGUUGCUGUGCUUGGCCUAAACUCCUUUAAAAAUGUUCAAGAUGCAUUUAUUACAUCAAAGGAAAUGUUGACAGAAAUUUUAUCAGCAUUCGAAUUCUGGGAUGUUCUGUCGUUUAGAUUAGUAAAAACGCAUCUAGCCCAAAGCGUAAAAUUUCCUUUAGAGGAUGAAUAUCCUUUUUAUGCAUUAAUAGAAACUGGUGGCUCCAAUAAGGAUCAUGAUGAAGAAAAACUCUCCGAUUUUUUAGAAACUGCCAUGGCAAAGGGAAUCGUUGAAAAUGGCGUCAUAGCUCAAGACAAUACACAAAUGAAAAGUCUCUGGUCAAUUCGAGAAGGAAUUCCUGAUGCUUGCAUGAAGGUUGGAUCUGCGUACUUUUACGAUAUAUCUAUACCAGUCUCGGUGAUGUACAAGGUUGUUGAAGAUGUUACUAGUCGAUUAAAGAAUGCUGGCUUAUUCGGUAAAAAUGUAAUGGAUGUUAUCGGAUUUGGUCACAUUGGAGAUGGUAAUUUGCAUUUGUCGAUCACAUCCAAAACAUAUUCUCUAGAAAUCAUUAGGUUGAUUGAAUCAUGUAUUCGCGAAUGGACAGAUAAAUACAAAGGGUCUUUAUCAGCAGAGCAUGGUUUAGGUCUAAUAAAGGCAAAAAUACUAGAUCAUUCUAAGCCAAAAGCGAUGGUAGACAUUAUGAGACAAAUCAAACAUAAUAUUGAUCCAAAUGGUAUUAUGAAUCCUUAUAAAUUCUUUCCCUACCAAUAA